CUGUUGUGGAGUUGGAGCUGCACAGAGCAUUCCUGUGGUCCAGAAUGUGAAUUUAAUACUACUGUGUGCAUGGAUGACUUUAUUUCUUCUCCCCAGAGGUGUUUCUGCGUGACGGAGCCUCAUGCCACGGGCCUCGGAGAUGACAGGUAUCGGCUGUUGCACCUGAUGUCAUGAGUGUGUGGAUAUUCCCUUGACAACCGCGGAUCGGAUACCAAUAUUCAGGAGUCAUCAUGCCCAUAACACUUCUGUGGGCUGUGGAUGUGUACGGCAGAGUUUACAGCCUUUCCACAGCCGGCCAGAGCUGGGAACGCGAUGACGACACACUGCUAGAGCUGAAGCGCGUCACUGCAGGGAAGGGGCGCUGCUGGGGCAUUGGCUGUGACCACCAUGUUUACCUCAAUAUGAUGCCCAGUGAGACACCCAUCCGCUACCGGGAGGAGACCUAUGAAAACCAGAGGUGGAACCCAGUGGAUGGCUUUACUGACACGCUGCUGCCCACGGACCGCUGGCCGUGGAGCGACGUGACUGGAAUGAAUCCUCAACCGCUCCACAGCUUCCAGCUGCCCUCUCGCAGCUGGGAGUGGGAGGGAGACUGGUAUGUGGAUCAGAGCUGUGGAGGAGAACCCAGCCAGACUGGGGGCUGGGAGUAUGCUGUUGAUUUCCCAGCCAACUUCUUCCCAGACAAAAAGUGGAAUUCCUGUGUCCGUCGUAGACGAUGGAUCCGCUACAGAAGAUACAUCGCACAAGGCACUUGGGCGAAGAUCCCCUUGGACAAUCCCAGGAAACCUCCACUGCCACUCUGUGACAUCAGCUGUGGUGGCUGGGAGAUGAGUGACCAGUCUGGAAAAUAUCCCUAUCUCUGGGGUGUGUCUCAACAGGGACAGGUGUGGUUCAGAGAGGGUAUCCACCCCCGUGUCCCAGAAGGCACCAGUUGGGAAGAAGUUGAAGUGCCCAAGGAGGUGGCUCAGAUAUCAGCUGGCCCUGGAGACCUGCUGUGGGCUUUACUUUGGGAUGGGAACCUAUUGGUGCGAACUGGUCUGAGCCUGGACAGUCCUACUGGCACAUCGUGGAUCGAGGUGGAAUCACCAGGAAAGGAAAUUGAACCACUUCACGUGGCUGUAGGAGCCAGUGUGGUCUGGGUGGUCACUAAGGACUACAAGGUGUGGUUCAGGCGUGGCGUGAACUCCCACAACCCCUGUGGCUCUGGCUGGAUCAGCAUCGGAGGGGAGAUGAUGAUGGUGGAUGUAGGACUCAAUGACCAGGUGUGGGCGGUUGGUGAGGACCGCGGCCUGUAUUUUAGAAUAGGUGUCACCCCAUCCGAACCAAGUGGAAGUGGUUGGAUCCCUGUGUCUGCCCAAUGGGGCAAUAGUAAAGAGGUUAUUCCACCCAGGGAUGACUGUGAGUUCAAUGGGCAGUUGACUGAGGCAUCACAGGGCUCCGUUCUGAGCUGCACUGAUUCAGACUCAGAGUUGUGUCCUACUGACCCACAAAAUAGCACUUCUAACACCCCCCUCUUGGAGGCAGAAGCUCCCUCUGUUGUCCCCUUAGGGGGAUCUGACUCACCUACAGCUCCCCAGGAAAAAGAAGAUGCUCCUUUACACCCCAAAACAAAUGCCCCCAAACCCUUUAUUCCAGCCAGUGACAGCUUCAUCAACAGCCUGGUCGCCGACCGUGACAAAAGUUCCACGAUGCAACCGGCCAUCACAGAGGUACCGCAGGAAGAGCGCGAGGAGCCACCUGUAGCCGCAGUAUUCCAAACCUUUGAUGCUGGAGGACGCGAUGUCCCCUGGAUGAACGUGGACCUGGAGGGGGCAGAAGCAGCUCGGAGUGCACAAGCAUCAGGGCCGUCACUGGGCGAUGGCAGUGCAGCUGCCACUUAUGCGCUGGGGACUCUGGAGAGCUCUCAGGGAGUCGGGGAAGAGGAGGGACCAGUGUGGACUUGGAUUUCUGGUGGAGCUUGUAAUGUGGAUGCAAGUUCACACAUCAGCUGGCUUAGUCCUACAGGUCCUCUCACCACCUCUCUGUCACUGACUCCAGUCCAGUCAGCCGCCUGGAGCAAGCAGCCACAGCAGCAGGAACACAGAGAGGAGAUCAGCAAAAAACCGCUGGAGAGAAGCAGCUCGGUGUGGGUGCGUAAGGGUACGUUGCGCUGGUGGAGAGAUUGGAAACCUCAGCGCUGGAUCGAUGUGGGCGUUGCUCUAGAGCAGUCCACCAAGUCAGAUGGCAGAAAGGACAGCAUUUUCUUUGUUUAUUACACACAGUAUGAUGAGAAAAAGUACCUUCAUGUGUUUAUAAAUGAAGUGACAGCGCUGGUUCCAGUGCUCAGGGACUGCCACUAUGCCUUUGCUGUGUACACGGCCGAAAGGACCAAACAGAGGUGGCCUCUGGUCCUGGCAGCUCAAAGUGAAAAGGAUAUGAAUGACUGGUUGUGCCUGUUGUCUGACUGUUGCUGUGAAUGUCGAGGGAUCACAGGUCCUCCGUCCAGACAGGCCCUGUGGUCCACCACGUCAAAGGGAGAUAUCAUGGUCCAUGAGCCGUCCUUCUCCCUGGAGGCCCCUGCACACGCUAUGGCCUGUGACCUCAUGUUUUGGCGCCAGAUCCCCGGCCACCUACGCCGUGUAGAGUCUAACAGUCUGGGGCUGGUGUGGGGCAUCGGGUGGGACGGCACCGCCUGGGUCUACAGUGGGCGAUAUGGGAAACAGCCCAACCCGGCAGGAGAUGCCGUUCAGAUGCACCAGCAGACUGAUGUCAGGAGCGUGCACGUGUAUGAGAAUCAAAGAUGGAACCCCAUGACUGGAUAUACUGACAAAGGGCUUCCUACAGACCGCCCUAUGUGGAGCGAUGAGAGCGGCCUAACGGAGUGCACCAAAGGCAGCACAUCUCCGCCCUCCCCUCAGUGGUCUUGGGUGUCAGAGUGGGCCGUGGACUACAGCGUCCCCGGAGGAACAGACAAAGAAGGUUGGCAGUACGCUGCAGACUUUCCCACGACAUUUCAUGGCCACAAAACCAUGAAAGACUUCGUUAGACGCAGAAGAUGGACUAGGAAGUGUAAGAUCACAUUGCAAGCUCCAUGGCAGCAGGUUCCACCCAUCCACCUGAGCGACAUCUCUCUGAUGCCAUGCUUGGUCCAGAGCAAAAUGGAGCAAGUCCCUCUCUGGGCCCUCAGUGACAAGGGAGAUGUCUUGUGUCGGUUGGGAGUCAGCCCCCAAAACCCUGCGGGCAGCUCAUGGCUCCAUGUGGGCACUGACCAGCCAUUUAAGUCUAUCUCUAUUGGUGGAGCCAAUCAAGUGUGGGCCAUUGCCAAGGAUGGAGCUGUCUUCUAUAGAGGAUCGGUGUCCCCACAAAACCCUGCAGGAGAGUGCUGGUACCACAUCCCUUCUCCCUUGAGACAGACUCUCAGACAGCUAUCUGUUGGGCGGACCUCUGUCUUUGCUGUGGAUGAAAACAGUAACCUGUGGUACAGACAGGGCCUCACCCCCAGCUACCCUCAGGGCUCCGCCUGGGAGCUCAUCUCCAGCAAUGUCGUCAAGGUUUCUGUGGGACCACUGGACCAGGUGUGGAUUAUAGCCGAUGGAGUUCCAGGUUUCCCUACUGAGACUCCCGGAGCCAUCUGUCACAGGACGGGUGUGGGACCCAUGCAGCCCAAGGGCCAGUCCUGGGACUAUGGGAUAGGGGGUGGAUGGGAACACAUCAGCGUGAGGGGGAACUCAGCAGAGGCUCCUCGAGGCCCACACCCUCCCCUCGCCGGCCCCUCGCGUAGCCCGGUGCUCCCACAGCGUCCAACUCAAGUGAAUGGAAACGCCAUGUGCGUGUAGCUCUCUCCCAUUUCCUCCUCGUCCUUUUCCUCAGCCCUGUUUGUGCCUGAAUCUACAUAGAGUAUCUCUCCUCAGACCACUUAAGCAAACCCUUAUCCCUUCACGUAAAGGGAAAUGCACAAUCACACCCCUGGGUUUGGACUGUAUAUCAUGGUUGGAUUUGAAACUUGAUCGAUGGAUGAAUGUUACUCGCUGGCUUGUUUCCCAGUCAGAAAUCAUGUCAGUAUUCACUGAUGAAAGCGAGUGCAUGUUCUUGCUCUUACUAGGCUUUGGCUACUGGAUGGCACAGGAUCUAGCAAUAGCUUUUAUUCUUAUCUACAGCAACCUGAUAAAACCUAAGAUGGUGGGAUAUUGAUGAAGGGCUAAGGCUUGGCUACCAAAUAAACUUCAAGCAAUCCCAGAGUAGCUGAAGCGGUUUGUAGAAUCUUCUUCUGUUUGUUUUUUGUGGUUUUGAGUUGCCUGUCUUGUACAUUUGCACGUGAUAUCAUUUAAUUAUUAUGCAUUUGUUGAAUUGUGUUUCUCUGUUGAAUUUUGGACCGUUACAUGUUUGCAGUGGAGUGUAUUUUUGGCUGCUAAUAUUUUCACAAUGACUGGCAAAAAAUUUGAUACAUUCAUUCUGUGUGGAAAAUGUAUUGCUUUUUACCGCCAGGCGAUACCUUUCUAUCCUUCUGCAAUAAAAAAAAAAAAAAGAAGCUCUUCCUGUUAAUGUAUACACAUCUAGAUAACUGCUAUGACCGUUACACUGCAGCAGGUCUGAAUGUCACCAUGGCUGGACAUUCAUUCUACAAGGGCAUUGAAAUG